UAUAACAGCCUUUUAAAAAAAAAAUCACGAAAUACACUGCAAUCGUUUUACAACAAGGAAGGGGAGAAAGAUUAAGGAGGUGAAUUAAAGAAGACAACCUGCGAUUAGCUUCUUCUUAAUUAUCAUUUGUUUGUUUCGCUAAUUAUAAGAAUGGAAUGGUCCCCAAAAUAUGCUGCCAAUGCAUAUCUUGACACCCUAAAGUUGUGUGGCAAACACAAGCAUAUGUGCAAUUCAUGUAGUGGAACACAAGAACCGGAGUGCAACGAGUUCCUAUCAGCCUUAGCAGCUGGAAUGAGCGCCAAGCUAAUAGUCGAAGUCACCACCGAAGGCUCAUCAACCGUGGCCUUAGCUGCUGCAGCUCGGCAAACAGGAGGCAAAUUAGUGUGCAUUAUUCCCGAGCUAAAACUCGAUAAAACGCAAAAAGUAAUUCAAGAAACGGGGUUAAACGACAUGGUGGAGUUCAAAACAGGUGACCCUGUUGAGGUCUUGCACAAUUACGAGAACAUUGAUUUCUCGUUAGUUGAUUGCAAGACGAAUGAUUAUGACAUGUUGAUGGAGAAGCUCGACGUUAAUCCCAAAAGAUCGGUGGUUGUUACAAAUAAUGUAGAAGGGAGAAAAGGGGUAGGAGGACAGUUGAAGAAAGUGGAGAAUAAAGUAAAGGUAAGGUCACUACAGCAUCCGAUUGGUAAAGGCUUAGAGGUAACUAUGAUUGGGAAAAGCACUGAGUUUGGGAAGAAAGAAAUGAGAAGCAAAUCAGGAUGUUAUGCUCAUUUAAAGAGAGGAGGACAGAAACAGAAUGGACAUGUUGUGAAGAAGGGUGAUAAGAGCAAAUGGGUUUUUGCUGUUGAUGAAAAAAGUGGUGAAGAACAUAUUUAUAGGAUGCCAAAAUCAUCUGGACCUUGAUUCAUUGGUAAUUCUAAUUAACAUGGUUCUAUGAAACUCUGAUUGAGUUCUCAGAGAAAUGAGAAUAUUGGUGGCUUUAUGGAUUUCAAAACUAAUUUUACAAAUUAAAGUGCAGCAUUUGAUCCUUGAAAUUAUAUGGUAUGCUAUCUA